AUGCCGUUGCCGCUGCCUCCCGCCUUCCUCCCCUUCCUCCUCCUCUCCCUGCUGCUGCUGCUGCUGCUCCCGGCCGCUACCAUUUCCACCACCCAAACAAAUGCCACCCUCCCGUCGCCGCCUCUGUUUCCGCCUCCGCCGCCGGCGGCACCGCAUCCUCCCCACCGCCACCACCACACCACGUCUCGUCGCGCCCCGCUGACGCCGCCGCCACCACCCAGCCUGCCCCCUACACCCACUCCCGUCGCCGUGCCGCCGGCACAGGCGCCGCCCCCGACGCCACCGCCCACGCCCACGCCAGCGCCGCCGGUCACCACGUCGCCGACGCCCAAGUACCCAUCCUCCUCCGCCACCCCCUCCACCGGGGAUCCAUACCCCUUCACCAACAACCCCUUCUUCCCAACAGCCAACUCGCCGCCGCCUCCUCCCCCGGCCGCCGAGACCCAGCCCUCCGGCGACGGCGGCCUCCCGACGUUCCCCGCCAACAUCUCCACCCUCGUCGCCCCGACCUCGCGCGCCUCCGGCUCCCGCCACUUCCCCGUGCUCCAGGCGCUGCUCCUCUCCCUGCUCUCCCUCUGCCUCCUCCUCCUCUCCGCGCUCCUCUCCAUCCACCUCGUCCGCCGCCUCCGCCACCGCGGCGGCGCCCGCUCCGGCGCCGCGCCGUCCUCCGCCUCCGCUGCCCACCGCCGCGCCGCCAGCAACGACGACGACGACGACGACGGGGACGAGGAGGGACGCAGCCUCAAGCCGCCGCCAAUGCCCACCUCCUCCACUAACCCCAGCACCGAGUUCCUCUACCUCGGUACCCUCGCCACCCCGCCGCCGUCGGGACCGCAGCACCCCGGGACCAGUUCCAGUUUACGCCCUGGCUCGCCGGAGCUCCGCCCUCUGCCACCGCUUCCGCGCGUCGGACCGCCGUCCGGCGAGUUCGCAUCCCGCAGCUCCGCCUCCGACCCCAGCACCGUGCCUCCCGCCGCCGAUGCCUCGUCCUCCUCGCUCUCUCCCUCCUCGCCGUCGGCCUCCUCACCCACGCUCGGCUCCAGCCCUGUCCAUUUCCGCCCGCCGUCCAUCCCCCAGCCGCGUGGCCGAGCCCCCAAUCCUUCGCCGCCUAAACGGAGGCCGUCGCCGCCCAAGGGUGCUGCGGAGCCCGUGGCGGCGCACGCGUGGAACCCCUUCGUGCCGCUGCCGCCGCGACCAGCAGUUGCUUCGUCAGAUGAUGGUGACUCUGAUCAGAUGAUGGACCUGCGCAAGUCGCGGCCUUUGCACUCGGACAAGCUCAAGCCCGGCUCUUUGCACAUGAAGGACGAGGUGAUCCAGCUGUACCUCAACAACUCGGCGGUGGUUGCGGCGCCGAGGGAGGUGUGUUUGCUUGGUGCCCUCAGGUGUCAUGGCAUCGGGAUGAUUGUGGGGGCAUUGGGAGUUUCCAAGGAGCAACUGAGGGAGGCACUCUUGGAAGGUAAUGCACAUGGUUUGGGAGUGGAAGCCUUGCGGAUGCUCACUCAGAUGGUGCUCAGCAACGAAGAAGAGCUUAAGCUCAAAUAUUUCAAGGAUGAUUCCCUGAGCAGACUUUGCCCAGUUGAUGCUUUUUUGAAGGCAAUGCUGGAUGUUCCAUUUGCGUUCAAGAGAGUGGAUGCCAUGCUUUACAUUGCCAGUUUCUAUUUGGAGAUCAAUCAGCUGAGAAUGUCAUAUGCUACUCUUGAGGGGGCUUGCCAGGAGAUGAGAAGCAGCAGGCUGUUCCACAAAGUCCUUGAGGCAGUUGUGAAUUUCGGCAAUUUCAUGAACACCAAUUCGGGGUCUCCAUGUUCAAAAGGCUUGGAGCCAAACACUGUUCUGAAGAUAGCUGAUGUGAAAGGAGCUGAUGGGAAGGCUGCUCUCAUGCAGUUUCUUGUCCAGGAAAUUGUGAAACCUGAAGGAUACAAUGUGAUGGAGCAUGGUUCAGGUACAUGCAAGAUGAACACAAGCACUUUGCAGUAUGAUGCCGGAUGCAGGAAGCGCGGUCUUGAGGUUGUCACCAAACUUGCAGCCGAUCUGAUCAACACGAAGAAAGCCGCGUCCAUUGACAUAACAAGGCUGAGCCGAAGCGUGUCGGAGCUCGGAAUGGGGCUUGGGAAGGUCCAUGACGUGGUGAGGCUGAACAGCAUGGUUACAUCCACUGAGAGCGCUCGGCGUUUCCACAAUAGCAUGAGCACGUUCCUGAGGCACGCUGAGGAGGAGAUCCUGAAGCUUCAGUCCCAGGAGAGCAUCUGCUUGUCGUCAGUGAAGGAGAUGGCGGAGUGGUUCAUUGGGGUGGAGUCAGGCAACGACGAAGCUCACAUGUUCAGAAUUUUCACUGGAGUGAGGGAGUUCCUAGCUAUGCUCGACCGGAUCUGCAAGGAGGCUGGGGAGGUGAGCAGCAACAAUUGGGUCGGCGCCACAACAGUGAGCUGGAUGGCUGCACCCAUGGGGAUGACGCCUUAA